GUGCCGUUCAAAUUCUUGCCGUUGCAAAGGAGCAUUGAGGGAGGGCCGUUUCUUCUUCCUCUUCUCUUUCUCUAUAAAACUGGUCCCUCUCCCCUCUCCUUCCUCACGUUUACACACAACUCUCCACUUCCCUUGCUCUUAUCCCUGCCGAAUUACCCUCUCUCCUUCCCAAGACUUUCACUCUCUCUCACCAUGAAGAAGACCAUCUCCAAGGUCUCCAAGAUCUUCAACGGCAGUAAGAAAUCCAAGGAGGACGAGAAUGUCUCCUCCAUCACUCAUGCGCAAUUGGGGGAGAUGAGGGGAGUCAUUCCUCCUGAUUAUGGCGUCCAGGAAGCCACAGGUACUACUUUGGAGCGCAAUCCUGACACCUCCCGCCGACUGGUCGUCCACUACGACUCGGUGAGGAUGGGAUGCCGCUUUCCUCUCCAUCCCCUCUUGAUCGAACUUUGCAACCGCUACGCCAUACCUCCCG